AUGCUCAGUCAGGUAGUCGUCUUCUUAGGCGUCACAGCCGUCGCUUUUGGGGGCUACGCUGGAGGACACCAUGGCGGAUCGAGCAGAACAUACAGAAAACAAGAUGACUACGGACACUACCGGUUCGGCUACGACAUCGUCAACGGCUACGGCGCCGUCAACGGCCGCCACGAAGCAGGACACGCGUACGGCCCCGUGCACGGUUCCUACUACCUCGGCGACAUCGACGGCCGCCACCGGCAGGUGCACUACGUGGCCGACAAGCUCGGGUUCCGCGCUGUCGUCAAGACCAACGAGCCUGGAACUAAGACCAGCCUCCCCGCCGCUGCGCCCUACUUGAGUGCCCACGGCAAAAGUGUUCCGGCCUACGGGCAUGGUGGAUACGGUGGAUAUGGAUACGGCGGUCACGGCUACGGCGGUUACGGAUACGGUGGCUAUGGAUACGGCGGACACGGUUACUACGGAUAAGCCCGUUACCUGGAAAACAUCGUAAUCGCAAGCGAAGAACUUGCACCUUUUCAACAAUUCCCUGCAUGCUACUGUCCCUACUUUGGAAAG